AGGGUCAGUUUCAAGAAACAAUUGUUGACCGAAACAAACACCUCAGCCACGACAACCACAAAGGUGUCACAACUUUUAACCAGAGGAGUCAUUGAAGAAUUUUACCAAUGGGACAGUUGCUACUUUUGAUCAUAAUUACAUUAAUCUCCCUCCCGCGUUGAUUUGAAACGUCUUGGACCUCGGGAGGGAGGAAUAUAGUCCCGUGUUUCUAAAUCAUUUUUGUUUGAUUGAACUGUCUACCAACUGGAUUUAACUCUAAAGUAAUUGAAGAAAAUGAAUUCCGCACGAUUUGAAUACGAGGCCCCAGCCCCCUGGUAACAGUACUUAGUAUUGAAUCCCCACUCCCAGCCCAGACAGUGCUGCCCUGCCCCAACUUCCAGGUAUUCUGAUACCCUGUGGAUCCCAGACCUGUCCUGACUUGAUCCCCCUCCAGCCACGCUGCUGCUCACCCACAGAGGAAGACUACUGAGAAGAAAGUUAGUCGCUGCACAGAGGAGUUUAGAGAGGGGGGGAAGGGGCAGAACGGGCGGCAUGAGCAGGUCACCUUCCUGGAUAACAAAGAGAAGAUGGCAUCGAAGAAGAAGACUGGAGUGAUAGUGGGAGUCCUCAUCACUCUGCUUGUCUUGGCCGCCGUGACAGGAAUCCUCAUCUGGCUCUUUGUUAGCAGGGAGUCUGCGGCCACCAUAAGUAUGAAGCGUGUCCCAGCUCAGCGGGUGUAUAGCGGGCACAUGAAGCUGGACAAUGUGCCCUACAACCAGAAUCUGGAGGACCCCACCAGCACAGAAUUCAACAAGCUGGCAGACGACCUGGAAGAGAUUCUUAAGAUCAACUACAAACAAGUUGAGUUCCUCUCCAAGUACUACACCACAUCUGUGGUGACUGCCUUCAGUGAGGGGGUGCUGGCCUACUACUGGACCCAGUUUAACAUCCCGGCAGCGGACCUGGAGAUGCUGCCAGAGUUCUCUGAGGAGCGGGUCCUGGAGGUGCUGUGGAACGGCAUCAGGGAGCAGGGCAAACGCUCCGGCCAGAGCCUCCACAUCAGCCAAGUCACUGCCUCACGCACAGACCCCAGGAUGGCCAGGAACCCCAGAGCCGAUUACGAGUGUUUCUUCCGGUUGGAGGCUGGCACUUUAGUUCAGAGCUUCCAGUCUCCAGGCUUUCCAGAUCAGUACCCGGCCCAGUCCCGCUGCCAGUGGCAGAUCAGAGCCCCGGAACAGAACGCCAUCUCAGUCCGCUUCGUCUACUUCCACAUAGAGGAUGACUGCUCUGAUGAUUUUGUGUCCAUCUACGACUCCCUCAGCCCGGAUGAGUCCCAGGCCAUCACUCACAAGUGUGGUCAGAGGCCUCCCAGCAAUCCCCUGGAGGUGGUGUCAUCCAGUAACAUCAUGCUCAUCAACCUUGUCACCGACAGUGCUGUCCAGAGGCCCGGCUUCAGUGCAGAGUACUCAAUCAUCCCCCUAACAACAUCCAAAAGUUGUGGAGGAGUCCUGAAUGAUGCUCAGGGGAACUUUAGCUCUCCCCAUUACCCCAGCUUCUAUCCCCCAGCCGUGGACUGCAAGUGGACCAUUGAGGUCCCUGCAGGGAAGCAGGUACGUGUCAAAUUCACCAUGUUCCGUAUGAAGGAGCCGGGAGUGGACGUCAGGGUGUGUCACAAAGACUACAUAGAGGUCAUGGGCACCAAAUACUGUGGGGAGCUGUCUUCUCUGGCCCUUACCAGUACCACCAGCUCUCUGGUUGUGAUGUUCCACUCUGAUGAGUCCUUCACAGACAAAGGCUUCCAGGCUCAGUACAACGCAUAUGAUCCUUCCAACCCUUGCCCCAACCAGUUUGCCUGUGGCUCUGGGUUCUGUAUCAAGAAGGAGCUGCAUUGUGAUGGCUGGAACGACUGUGGGGACAUGAGUGAUGAAAUGAACUGCAAAUGUGAAAAGGACCAGUUUGCCUGUGACAACGGGAUGUGCAAGCCCAAGUACUGGGUGUGCGACCGUGUCAACGACUGCGGUGACGAGAGUGAUGAGAAGCACUGCAGCUGUGCUAAGAAUGAGUGGAGGUGUGGUGACGGGACCUGUUUGCCUCAGGAUGUGGUGUGUGACACUAAGACGGACUGUGUGGAUGGGAGUGACGAGGCUUCCUGUACCGUCUCUCCUGGCACCUGCUCUGACUUCAGCUUUAAGUGUAAGAACGAGGCGUGUGUGAACAAGGUGAACGCUGAGUGUGACCGGGUCAAAGACUGCACAGACGAAUCAGAUGAGGAGGGCUGCGACUGUGGCGUCCGGCCAUAUAAGCUUAACCGUAUUGUGGGCGGGGAGAAUGCGCAGCUGGGGGAGUGGCCCUGGCAGGUGAGCCUGCACUUCCAGACCCGUGGGCAUGUGUGUGGCGCGUCAAUCAUCUCCAACCGCUGGCUCCUGUCUGCCGCCCACUGCUUCAAGACCAUCAGCCCUGAAAACCACGUGGCCUCCAACUGGCAGACGUACAGUGGCAUGCAGGACCAGUAUAAGCAGGAUACUGUUCAGAGAAGCUCGGUGAAGACCAUUAUCACCCACCCAGACUACAACCAGAUGACAUAUGACUACGACAUCGCCCUGCUGGAGCUGAGCCAGCCGCUGGAGUUCACCAACACUGUCCACCCCAUCUGCCUACCCGCACGCUCCCACCUCUUCCCUGCUGGCAUGUCCUGUUGGGUUACAGGCUGGGGCACGCUCCGUGAAGGAGGUGCCAUAGCACGGCUGCUGCAGAAGGCGGAGGUGAAGAUCAUUAAUGACACGGUGUGUAACGUGGUCACCGAGGGUCAGGUCACAUCCAGGAUGCUCUGCUCCGGCUUCCUGUCCGGAGGAGUUGACGCCUGUCAGGGAGACUCGGGGGGUCCCCUGGUGUGCUUCGAGGAAAGUGGAAUGUGGUUCCAGGCAGGCAUCGUGAGCUGGGGCGAGGGCUGCGCUCGUCGGAACAAGCCCGGCGUCUACUCGCGCGUCACCAAGCUGAGAGAUUGGAUCCGCAAGAACACGGGGUUUGAUGAUGAGGGGAUAUGGGGAAGGGGGGAAGACAGCGGGUAGACAGUUUGAGGGUCUGACAGGACAAGACAAAAAUAAGGAAUAUGGAACAUUGCAUCUGAUUAAGGACAAGUCCCCCCAUGAUGACCAGAGCUAUCCAUCCAUCUAGCCAGCCUCAACCAGCCUCCGACACCCACUGAGGGCCUGCAUGGGGCUAGCUACUGCUCAGACGAAGGAUUUCAAAUGGGUUUGGGAUUAGGUUUUUAUGCUGUACUGAUGUAACCCUUGUUCUCGAAGGCUCAGAGGACCAGCAAGACUCCUGCACCUCCAUCAAUCAUGUCAUGUUCCACUGGUUUGAUUAAUAUUCUCCCAGUGUAAAUAAUGGAAUAUGUAUAUUUUGAGGACACACUUUGUUUUUGGUGGUAUUUGCCUAGUCUCCACCAUUGUUAUAAUGUGAGAUCACAUCUUCUGUUGGGCAGACAGACAUGCCAAAUUAACUGAGGGAAUCAGAAAUAGAACAGAAAUAGAAUAGAUAUAAAAUAAAUAUUUUAGAGUGUAUUUUUUUACAAUGUAUUUCUUUACCAGCUGUUUUCACCUGACAAAUUUCACUUAAAGUGCCUUGACAAGAACAUUGAAUGUUUUAUAAGUGAGUGUGAUAUUGUUAAUGCAGAGAUGCAGUGAAUCUUGAGUUCUAACAAAGAUUGUCUAUUGCAGUGCCUUCAGAAUCAAUUCAUAUCCUUUGAUUUAUUCCAAAUUUUUGUUACAGCCUGAAUUAAAAAUGGAUUAAAUAUAAACAAAAAUCACCCAUCUACACACAAUACCCCAUAAGGACAAAGUGAAAACCUAUUUUUAGAAUUUGAAUACAUAAUUUACAUAUGUAUUCACACCCCUGAGUAAAUUCAUGUUAUAAUUACCUUCGGCAGAGGUUAUAGCUGCGAGUCUUUCUUGGUAAGUCCCUAUGAGUUUUCCAUACUUGGAUUGUACAAUAUUUGCACAUUAUUCUUUUCAAUAUUCUUCAAGCUCUGUCAAGUUGGUUGUUGAUCAUUACUAGACAACCAUUUUCAAGUCUUGCCAUAGGUUUUCAAGCAGAUUUUAAUUUGAAACUGUCACUAAGCCACUUAGGAAUACUCAAUGUCGUCUUGGUAAGCAACUCCAGUGUAUAUUUGGCCUUGUGUUUUAGGUUUUUGUCCUGCUGAAAGGUGAAUUUGUCUUCCAGUGUCUGUUGUAAAGCAGGUUUUCCUCUAGGAUUUUGACUGUGCUUAGCUCUAUUCAAUUUUGUCCCCCCCAGAAAAACUCCCAAGCCCUAGUCAAUGACGAGUGUAACCGAUGUGAAAUGGCUAGCUUGUUAGCAGGGUGCUCACUAAUAGUGUUUCAAUCGGUGACGUCACUCGCUCUGAGAACUUGAAGUAGUUGUUCCACUUGCUCUGCAAGGGCC